AUGUGGGAGAAGCUGCUGAAAGGUCUCAAGGAGUCUCCUUCUAGCCCUGUGAUUGUUAACCUCAGCCACAACCAUGUGACAUCUUCUGGAGUGAAGAGUAUUCUUGCUGUCUUGAAGGAAAAACCGUCUGUGGAGGCCAUUAUACUUCAGGAUUCCAGACUUGGCGAUGAAGAAAUCUCUGAGCUAACAGAUGGUAUUACCAGGCUGCUUGUUGAAAAUGUAAAACUGGACCCCUAA